CAUCAAUAUCGCACCAGCUUCACCAAACCCUUGUUGUCUAUUUAUAUAUACAAACCUGCAAUUUUGGAAAGAAAUUAAAUAUGGCAAUUAAGGUCUUCUCAUUCUUCUUCUUUGUUUAUCUACUUGUGGAAAUGCAUGAAAUAAGUGCAAUGGUGCCUGCUGUUAUAGUCUUCGGAGAUUCUACGGUGGAUCCAGGGAACAACAACCAGAUAUCCACUGUUUUGAAGAGCAAUUUUGCGCCUUAUGGUCGGGAUUACUUCGGUGGUCAGCCAACCGGACGUUUCUCCAAUGGUAGGAUUGCCACGGACUUCAUUUCGGAAGCAUAUGGUAUCAAGCCAGCCAUACCAGCAUACUUGGAUCCCAAGUUUGACAUAAGAGAUUUCGCUACCGGAGUCUCGUUUGCUUCGGCUGGAACCGGUUACGACAAAGCAACUUCUGAUGUCCUAUCAGUGAUACCAUUUUGGAAGGAAAUGGUGUACUACAAAGAAUUUCAGGACAAACUAAGAGGGUAUCUAGGCAAUGAUAUAGCUAAUCAUCACUUGAGUGAAUCACUGCACCUGAUAAGCAUAGGAACCAAUGACUUCCUAGAGAACUACUAUCCUUUUCCAACCCGAUCUUCGGAGUACCCUGUCGAUAAAUACGAGAUUUUUCUAAUAGGAAUUGCCAGCAAUUUCAUCAGGGAGCUUUACAAUCUGGGAGCUCGGAAGAUAGCAAUAAGCGGCCUUCCUCCGAUGGGAUGUUUACCGUUGGAAAGAACGACGAAUAUCAUGCACGGAAGUGCAUGUAUCGAAGAGUAUAACGACGUGGCUAAAGAUUUCAAUCAAAAGUUGCAGGAUUCUGUCACGGAGCUGAACCGGGAGCUCGGUGGAAUCCAACUCGUGAUGUCGAACCCCUACUAUAAGCUCUUAGAAAUGAUCCAAAAUCCAAUUCUGUUCGGAUUUGAGAAUGUGGCAACAGCAUGCUGUGGGACAGGAUACUUCGAGAUGAGUUACAUGUGUGAUAGGAUGAACCCAUUUACAUGUUCGGAUGCCAAUAAAUACAUAUUCUGGGACUCCUUUCACCCAACAGAGAAAGCCAAUUUCAUUUUGGCUGAUCAUGCUUUCAAAACUACCCUUACCGUGUUCCGAUAAUUACUAUAAAGCACAAAACAAGAAGAAGCAGUGUUUCAUUGUUGUAGAAUUCAACAUACUAUUAUUAUUUUCAUUGCAAAGAAAUGGGUCAAGCUUUUAACCACGUAAGAUUAUUAUCGAUUGAAAAUGACUGGAGCCUCCAUCGCCUGUCUCCAUCAAACACCCUCAGUUGACAAUAACUAUACCUUGUAAUGUUUAUUCCUAUGAUCCAAAUGCCAUUAUAUUUAUAGUAUAUAUGGCUGGAUGUACAAGGGAAAUAGUUCUGAACCUUCUUCACAGUUUCGUUGAAAUUUCAUCUCCUUUGCAAAUUCAUCUCCUAUAAGUCAUACACGUUCUAUUGCCGCUCAAAAUGAAAAUUUCGAAGUUCUAUUCAUUUCCAGGGUUCUUUUUUUUCUUUUUAUUUUCUGUUUUGUUAAAUAAAUGGGAUCUAAGGUCUCUAGUCCGAGAGUUAAAAAUGGCAGCGGUUUGGGGGAAAGGGAAAAAUCAACUAAGCCAUCAGAAAGAGUUGAAGCUAACAUUAAUGGUUCGAAGGGGAAUAAAAGAGAUGGGUAUGCAAAGAAGGCAUUGUUUUAUGUAAAGAAUAUGAUAGAGAGGUGUGCAUGUAAGUUGAAGAUCAAAAAGUAUAUUGGAAAAUCUGGGCGCAGUAAUAGCAAGAAGAAGUCUCCUAUGGAAAGGUCAUGUUGUGCUUGUAUUUCAUCAGAGAAAAGGACUCAAUUGACAAAUAAUUUAUUCAAAAUGAGAACAUUUUUGUUGAAGGUUGGAGGCGGUCAUGAUCAUGGAGGAAGCAAAGCCAAUAACAUCAACGGUUGCAACAAUGGUGGAGGGAAUCAUGGAAAGGGAGAUACUGAUAAGAAACAGAUGUAAAUUUCACCCUUUUAUUCUUGGUUUUCCUUUCACUUGUAUGUUUUUUAUCAGGACCAGGAUUUGAUUUUUUUUUUCUUUUAAAGUGCACUUCAAGUCCUUAGCAAAGUAAUAAAGUUAAUGGAAUUCUCUUUGUUGUAA